GUAUAAAUAAAUAUAGAGGAGAGCCAAGUUUUCGCAAUCUUUCACCAUUGUUUAUUCUGUGAUCUGAAGAGGGAGCACCUCUUCUACCUUCAAAACUUCCGGUAGAUUCACGGCCGGAGCUCUUACUCCGAUUUAGAGAAUGGGGUUGUCUUUCACCAAGCUGUUCAGUCGGCUGUUUGCCAAGAAGGAGAUGCGGAUAUUGAUGGUGGGUCUCGAUGCUGCUGGUAAGACUACAAUUCUCUACAAGCUGAAGUUGGGAGAAAUCGUCACCACUAUUCCUACUAUUGGAUUCAAUGUGGAGACUGUUGAGUACAAGAACAUUAGCUUCACAGUUUGGGAUGUCGGGGGUCAGGACAAGAUCCGACCAUUGUGGAGACACUACUUCCAGAAUACACAAGGACUUAUCUUUGUGGUUGAUAGUAAUGAUCGUGAUCGUGUUGGUGAAGCAAAGGAUGAGCUGCACAGAAUGUUGAAUGAGGAUGAAUUGAGGGAUGCUGUGCUUCUUGUGUUUGCUAACAAACAAGAUCUUCCAAAUGCAAUGAAUGCUGCUGAGAUAACUGAUAAGCUUGGCCUUCACUCUCUUCGUCAGCGUCAUUGGUAUAUUCAGAGCACAUGUGCCACAUCUGGCGAAGGACUGUAUGAAGGACUUGACUGGCUGUCGAACAACAUUGCAAGCAAGGCAUAGACAGAGUCGAUGUUCCUAAAUGAAUCGAAUCUUUUGAUUCUUACUUUCUUGGUUCAAUCUGAUGAAUCAAAUCUGUUAUCCUUUUUCUUUUUUAUAAUAUGGUAGACGAUGAUAUUGUCAUUUGUUUUCUGUUAGAUCCAAGUUUUAUUUGGGGAAGAAUAUUUUCUUUUUCUUUUACAAUUCAUGACAUUUGAUUUUUCUUUCCUAUAACUAUAAUAUAGAAGAUUUCAGUCUA